AUGCCUGCCCCCCUGCUACCACUGCUGCUGCGCACGCUGCUGUCCCGCCUGCUGCUGCCCCUGGCCCGCCUGGCCCGCCAGCACCUCCUGCCCCUGCUGCGCCGCCUGGCCCAUCGCCUGGGCUCACAGGACACACGGGAUGCUGUGCUGGGCUGCCUGCUACUCAUCCUCAGCCAGCAACACCCACCGGAUGCCAGGGAGGCCCCCAGAGUGGACCUUGAGGAGCAGAAGGAGGGGCGAGCCCGCCGAAAGUGA